CGAGCACGUGACCGCGAAACCAUGAUGCACCGGAAGCGCGUAUUAAAAGCGGCGGAAGUUAUUGUGACUCUCAUGUUUUGCGCGCUCCCUGCGCUCUUGGAACUAUUGCACUCAGACUCGCCACCUGAACCAACUCGGGCAGACCCAAAAAUAGGUAUUUUCAAUUGAAAGCUGUUGGACAUUGGAUUUAAGCAUUUGCGCUUGUCCUGGAAUCCGUGAUAAGUUGUUUUGCUUCAUAACUUGACAGUAUGGAACAGAACAACAGUCUGCCCCCUUUCCCUCAAGGCCUGGCAUCUCCACAGGGAGCCAUGACGCCUGGCAUGCCCAUUUUCAGUCCUAUGAUGCCAUAUGGCACAGGCCUCACACCACAGCCAGUGCAGAACACAAACAGCUUGUCGCUCCUGGAGGAGCAGCAGAGGCAGCAGCAGCAGCAACAACAACAACAACAACAACAACAACAACAACAACAGGCAGCCUCACAACAGCAGGGUGGGAUGGUGGGAGGUUCAGGUCAGACACCCCAGCUCUACCACUCACAGGCUGUCUCCACGACAACAGCACUGCCAGGCAACACACCACUUUACAACACACCUCUUACACCUAUGACCCCCGUCACUCCUGCCACACCGGCCUCCGAAAGUUCUGGCAUCGUUCCCCAAUUACAGAAUAUUGUUUCCACUGUAAACUUGGGGUGCAAACUUGACUUGAAGACAAUAGCACUACGAGCCAGAAAUGCUGAAUAUAAUCCAAAGCGUUUUGCUGCUGUCAUCAUGAGAAUACGAGAACCCAGAACAACAGCUCUCAUCUUCAGCUCAGGAAAGAUGGUGUGCACCGGAGCGAAAAGUGAGGAACAGUCUCGCUUGGCAGCCCGAAAAUAUGCCAGAGUGGUGCAGAAGUUGGGUUUCCCUGCCAAAUUCUUAGACUUUAAAAUUCAGAACAUGGUAGGCAGCUGUGAUGUCAAGUUUCCCAUCCGGUUAGAGGGUCUGGUGCUUACACACCAACAGUUUAGCAGCUAUGAACCGGAGUUAUUUCCCGGAUUAAUCUACAGAAUGAUCAAACCCAGAAUUGUCCUUUUAAUAUUUGUUUCAGGCAAAGUUGUACUCACAGGUGCAAAGGUUAGAGGAGAAAUAUAUGAAGCAUUUGAGAACAUAUACCCCAUUUUAAAAGGAUUCAGGAAGACAACAUAAUCCCUGUGCAGUGCACCAUUCUGUAUUCACUGGUGAAGUAAUUACUGAGCCCACCGGAAUGUCUGGAUUGGUCUACACAGUUUAAUUUGAUUUUUCUAAGUCUGUAAAUAUGAAGGACUACUUUUCUUCACUCAGAAAUGUAUCAGAUUUAAGGAUAACUGCUUUUAUUUCACCUUUUAAAAAGAUUUUCACCUUCUAUUUGGUUCAAAUACCAGCUGAUACGGUUUUAUCCAUGUCUGAACAUUUUAAUGGUUUGCAUUCUUUUAUUAUUUUAUGAUGUUAAAUCUGUUCAUACAUUUUACACAUUCCCUUUGAACAAGUUUUAUGUAUUACUGAUUGUCUGUGUGAACUGCUCACUAGUUAGUGGAAUUUAUUCUGGGGCAAGUCAUGCCAACAUUGCCCAGUGCAGGAACAAUGUCUUUUAUUUGGGGGACAAAUUAUUUUUAUUUUUUUCAAAAAGAUUUGCAAACAGUAAACUAACAAUUUAAUUAUCAAAGUUGUCAUAUGGAUUUGACCUAAAGUUACUAUUUUCAAAUUGGAUCUGUUACAAAUUUGGCAGAUCUUUCCCAUUUUUAUCAUAUGAAAUACUGUAGGUCUUCCACCUAGCCCCAUGUAAAGCACUGACAUAAUUUAAUAUUUUCCUCGAUGUAGCCAGUUCUCUUUGCAAUUGGAUGCAAAUAAAUAUUUCCUAACAAGUUUCUGCUUAUUGCACUGUAUGUCUCGAAGGCUGUCUACAUGAUUCCUUUUUUCUAUACAUUAAAGGGGAUGCAAUUUUCAAUGUUAAAAUACUUUUUCUUAUGCCAAAUUAAUAUACAGAGCCAACUGAAGAUUGGUUCAUAGGUGCUAUCAAAUCAUCUGUUUGAGCAGCCUGAGCAGCAACACUGGCUCAACUAAAGGUGCAAGUUUGGGGUGGUAUUGAUUUGUCCAACUUAUGGGCCUUUGAGGGGAGUUUUUGAGACACAUGUUUGAACAGAGACAUGAUUUUUGUAAUUCCGUUUGACUGUCGUGGAGCAUAUUGAUAGUAUAUUAGUUGAUAAAUAUGCAAAGCCUAUUUAUGAGGUAGAAGAGGAGAUUCUGAAAAUUCUCAUACAUUUUUAGUAGUCAAAUGAUAUUUCUCAUGACAGAAAGGACUUGAAAUGCAUUAGACCAGGCCGGUGUAGCAGCAUUUCAAAAAGUGCUAUUAAUUUUGAUUUUGUUUCAAAAGUACUUUAAGUAUACUGAAACUUGUCUGAUCCAUUAGUACUAUGGAAUAUCGUCUCGAUUGUUACCUUAUAGAUUACAGGCUUAUUUCAAUGUGAGAACAUAGUCAUGUCUACAGGUGCAUCUCAAUAAAUUAGAAUGUUGUGGAAAAGUUCAUUUAUUUCAGUAAUUCAACUCAAAUUGUGAAACUCGUGUAUUAAAUAAAUUCAAUGCACACAGA